AGCCUGCCCCUGCCCCUGCCCCUGCCCGGGGACCAUGGACGCGGCGCACCGAGCUGCGCUCCUCACCACCUCCUGCCUCAGGACACCCGUGAACCCGCGCACCAGGGCGCCGCUGGCUCUGUACGAGCGGGAGAGGCGCCCGCCGGCCGCCGCGGGGCAGCAGGAUGAUUUUGACUUGGACUGUAAUACUGAGAGACAGCAAAGCCCCACUCUAAGUGGGGACUGUGAGGACUGGAUAGACUUUCCCAAAAUGUGCCACUCAAAUCAGGAAUAUUACUUGAAGCUGGAAGAGCUGAAGAAUGCCCACCUGGAGACAAUGGCAAAACUGGAAAACAUGUAUCAGAAUAAGCUGCAUUUGAAAGGAGUACAGCCCCUGGACAAUAAGGAUGCUGCUCCCAGUUUGUGUUAUAGAUCAAUAUGGGAUAAGAGCUCAUUUCGGCCUCUGAAUUUGCAUAAAUCUUUUUCUGAGCCUGACUUAAAUAAUCUGUCCUAUUCAAGUUUAUCUGAUGGGUCUGAUGCAGAAUUAGAGUUGGAAGAAGAAAAUGGUAGUGAAACUGGGUCACUGACAUUUGCUAAGGAGCAGAUCGAAAAAAUGUGGGAUGGGUUUUCUGUGGACGACUAUGUCUAUCACACUAAACGUAGCUUACCAAAUUCACCAACAUUCAAAAUGAUGGGGAAGAAGCAGCAAGAGUGGUCACCAAAGGUCACUGUGCCUAAGCCUUUCCAGAUGACUAUUCGAGAAGCUAAGAAAAAACAACAGAAUGUCAAAUCAAAGUCACAGAUAGAAAUGGAAAAUAAUUUAUUGAAGAAACAACUAGAGGAAGAAGCAGAGUGUCAAAAGAAAUUCAGAGCCAAUCCUGUGCCUGCUUCCGUCUUCCUUCCGCUCUAUCAUGAAAUCAUGGAAAGAAAUGAAGAACGCAGGAAAUUUGUGAAAGAGAGAAGCAAAGAUAUUCUUUUGGCCUCUCAGAGACCAUUUCAGUUUAUCAGGAGGGAGGAGCAAAGGAAAGAAAUUAGGAAAAUGCAAUUAAAAGACCUUUCAUUGCCUGAAAAGAAAACAAAAUUAUUCCAAGCAAAACCUGUCCCUAAAUCUGUUUACAGUCCAGCCUUUAAUGAUAAGUUAAAAGAAGAAGAGCUCUAUAGAGAAAUUAGGAUCCAAAUGAGAGCUGAAGAGUUGCUACGUAAUUCUUCUCUUCCCAACAGCAGACUGGCUAGUAGAACUAUCAAUAAACCGAGGAAACAAAAGUGCAAUCAACAGAAAGAAGAACUGGAGCAUAAACCAAGGAUCAAAUCUAGGGUUCCAGACUUUGAAACACUGCACCAAAAAUUCCAGAAUAGGCUCCUGAAACAGAAACAUGUGAAACACAUCACAGUUUGUGAACCCUUCAAUCUUCGUACUCCACGAAUCCCAUCCAACAAAGGGAAGAUUCUGCAGGACAUUCAAGCAGAUGAAGAAACAUUAAAAGAAACACGCUGGCCAUAUGCCUCUCCAAGAUGCAAACCUCGAAUGAGGUGUUCAAGUGCAAGUUCAUCUCCCUUGGGACGUGAGCAAUCUGAAUCUCCAAGAAUCACAGAGUCUACCAAAAGACGAAUACAAGCUAUAAGGAAAUCACUUGAGGAAAAGAGAAAGCUGGAAGAAGAGCAAAAAAGGAUCAGAGCAAAGCAGAAACAAAGAGUGAAAAAACUGCAAAAACUUAUAACAACCCGGGCUGAGGCCAAUGACCCACAUCAGAGCCUAGCUCGGAUGUCUAAAUCCAAAUUAAAAAUGAUCAGGAAACAUGAGAAGCAAAGAAUGCAAGAGUAUCUGCAGGAGCGGGAAGAAAUGGAAGAAAGAGUAAACCAGAGGCCAUUGCUUUUGGAAAGAGCCACUCAGAAAAAUGCCAGAAUAGCAGCAGAAAAGCAUUACUCUGAUAUACUGAGAGAACUGGGGAUUUGUGAGGACUUCCUUUCAAAAAACAGUCAAACUGCUAAAUUGCUGGACCAGCCCAAUGCCAAAGGCUUUGGAAGCUGCACUGAAGACAGAGAAAGUCUUAAUGAAGAUAAAGUUCAAGAAGGAGAAUCCUGUGAUGAGCAGAAGGCAAAUCCUCACUCUGACCAAUCUUGUGGGGAGGCGGAAGAGGAGAAGGCAAGCUCACAGUCUGACCAAUCCUGUGAGGAGGAGGAAGAGGAGAAGGCAAGCUCACAGUCUGACCAAUCCUGUGAGGAGGAGGAAGAAGAGAAGGCAAGCUCACAGUCUGACCAAUCCUGUGAGGAGGAAGAAGAGGAGAAGGCAGGCUCUCAGUGAUCAUGAUGAUGAGGACGUUGUGGAAUGUGAGGAUGAUAAGUAUGAAGAUGGUUUAGAAGAAAAACCUAACUGAAGCUAACUGAAAGGAAGGAAGACAGACUUACUUCUCUUAUUGCGUUGGAGCUCAACACACAUUUCAUUGCUGGCAAUGGGUAUAUGCUAAAGAAAAAACUGACUCUUGGUGCUAUGGACAUUUUGAACUGCAUACAUGUAGGUCUUGUGUGAAUUUCCAUUUGUUAGCAUAAUAUAACUUCGAAUGCUGAAUUUGCUUUUUUUCCAGUGAGAAAAAAUUAUCAUUACUCAUUUCCAUUAGCAGUUGCACUUGUCAGUGUAUGCUGUAUUCUUUCAUUGCAUGAGCGCAUUUCUGUGUUCAGAAAUACUAACCACAGUUUAAAACUCACUUCUUCCAUUCCUGUUGGCUAAUACUUAGGCUUUUACAUUUCCAGCUCUUUGCCUUCAUGCUGACAAAAUAGGGUGGGAAGCAGUCAUCACGAAGGAGAAAAGUGGUGUUACUCCAUAAGCAAAGAUCUUAGAGCAACAUUACCUCUUAUUUCAGCGCUUCUAGGAUCUGCUCAGUUUUAACCAGCCCUGAAUAUAUUUUCCCAUUAUGGCAGUGGACAUUUGGGUGUAACUCUCAUUAAGGAUGAUGAUAGGAGUUUUUUGUGUAAAUCCUCUGGCCAUCAUUGGCCGAGUUGUAGCCAGGGACACCAAAAUGCCAAUUUACUAUGCAGCUGGACUGUCCUUUCAACUGCUUAAUGAAUGCUCCUUUUAAUAUAAUUUAUUAAUAGCACCUCACAUACUAGGGCUCUUGGGACGCUGAACAGGAUAACAAAACCAUGACUCAUAUACAAUAAACACAUAUGGAGCCCCUCAUUAAACUUCUAUAGGACUUCGUAAUGCUAAAAGAAGGGAGAAGGAACAAAUUUGAACCAUGAACUUCAGAAGCAGUAUUUGUAUUUUUGUUAUACUGUGGAUUAUGUAUUAGAACAAAUGUCUAAUCAGAGCUCCAAAAUCGUGUUCUCUGUAUGAUAUCUUUAAUCUCCUUUAAGAACCAUUCCAAGAUCAUGUGAAAUAAUUCAUUGUAAUGUAAUAAUGCAGAUUAAAACUAAUGUUCGUUAGUUUCUUUAUUGAGAUAGUUAAACAGAUACUGUAAAUCAAGAAAUUAUUACAUGUGUGAAAAAUACAACACUUGCAGCUGUAUUUAAUAUUUUUUUUUGAGUGAGUAGAAGAAAAGGGGUUUAGUAAACUUAAGUAGUCUUUCUCCUUGUAUUUGCUACUCAGCCCAUCAGCUUUCCUCUUAGGCUACUCCUGAAAUAAGAACCCAAAUGAAGACAUGAAUGCUUCAUAUGGAGAGCACCUUCUGGUUCCCUCUCCUAUUCUGUGCCUGGCCUUCCUACUGUUCUCAGUCAUUGCCAACGUAGGGACAGAAAAGAGAAAUAUAUCUGCAUAUUAAUAAAAGCUGCUGAAGAGCUUCAAAUAAUAGUUUGCAAGCUAAAUAAAGGAUGAUGCAAAAUAUCUACACACAGCACAUACACCCAAAACCUCUUGGGUAACCGGCAAACAUUAGUAAGUUGCAUUUUUGUCUGAAACCUAAAUUAAAAGUGGUUUCAGAUGCUUUUGUAAUCAAGUAUUAGGGUUUUAUUUUCCUUUUUUCUAACAAGUUUUGUAAUACUGUUAGCUUAUUUCUUCUUUGGUUAGAUCUGCAUCAGAAGACUUUCACUAAAAUUUGAAUUCAGAUAAAGUAUAUGUAAUUGUCAUGUUUCUAACAACUGUGAAAUUUUAGCACAAAUGUGUUUAAAUUUUGAAAAGUUAACUUUAAUACUUGAUGAACUUCGAUUUUUUUUAAAUAAAAUAUUCCUUUGGUGAAGUGUAUAUGUGUAAAUGUAGUA